UCACCAUUCAUCACACGGCAGAACGGUUCUGCUUCUUAUCGUCUCUCUGGUAGACUAUUUGCCGCCGUUAAACUGGGUUCCGAACGCCGUCCGUCCGGCGACGGAAAAUCUGAGAGUCCUGACGACUUCGAAGCUCUCGAUCUCCUCUUCCGGUGACUGAGGUAUAACAAGAGGAGUACCAUAGAGUACCAUAUUUACUCUUUGAUUCAUAUUUAGGAACGAUGCCGAACCCUAGGUCUCACCGGAAGGGGAAACUUGCGGAGAAGUCGUCGUCAUUCCAUGGAGAGAGUCCGACGAAGACGACGAUGACGCUCCGGAGGCCGAAGACGGAUCCGGAGUUGUUGUCCUACAAGAAUCUAGGUUUAUCGGCGCCGUCGCUUGAUGGACGGCCGAAGAUGACAAGAUUGCUUCUUAACGUGACGAUUCAAGGCAGUCUAGGACCAGUACAUGUGUUGAUAUCGCCGGAGAUGACCGUCGCUGAUCUUGUGUCGGCGACCGUCCGCCAAUACUUGAAAGAAGGCCGCCGGCCGAUUUUGCCUACUGCAGAUCCUUCCGCCUUCGAUCUUCAUUAUUCGCAAUUCAGCUUAGAAAGUUUAGACAAGGAAGAGAAGCUCAUCGCCUUAGGAUCUAGAAACUUCUUUCUGUGCCCUAGAAAAUCAGAGGAUAAUAACGAUUUAAUAGCUUCUUCAUCGUCUUCCUGCUCAAAAGAAGCCAAAGAAAGCGCGAAGAGCUCCGGCAGUUUCAGUUGGUUCAAAUUCAUCGAUUUCCGGAUUUAGAAAUCGCCAUAAAUCGAAUCGAUUCAUUAUAUUCAAUCCACUACUGUGAAAAUUCGUCUUCAAAUUCUCUAAGCCAUAUAAGUUUUCGAAUUAUCUUCAAAUUUGCAAUAUCAGAACUCGAUCGAGCAAAGAAAAGAGAAGGUUUCUGCUACUCUGUUCUUCGUUUGCUUGCUCUGGAUCGAUACAGGGGAAGAUUUCAAUAUGUACAUAUUAUAGUUUUGGAAGAUCCGCUUGGUUGAAUACAAAUUACGUGAAAUUUUUUGUUGAAUUCACAAAUCAUUUUCUCAUAUUCUGAAAGUUUCAGAUUCAAUGAACAAAGCCGUGGCAGGGAAAAUCCUGAGAUUCCGUGAUGAGUUUGGAAACUUCGUGAAAUAAAGAGUGAUGAAAAGAGAAAGACGGUUUACUUCAUAUGGGAAGAGCGACGUUUGUGAAGAACUGUAUUGUAAAGUUCAAUGUUUCCACCAACUUUCGGAUAUUAUUUUUUCAAUAUUUAAAUUUUGAAUCGCACGUAUUAUUAUUAUUAUAUUGUGGCUUGUGAUCAAAUCUGAACUAAUCUAUUUAAAUCAUGAAGUUGGGUAAUUGUAUCAA